AUGAUUGUGAUGAUGAUGUUUCGGAUGAUGAUGAUGAUGAUGAUGAUCGACAUGAAGGAUGAUGAUGAUGAUGAUGAUGAUGAUGAUGAUGAUGAUGAUGAUGAUGAUGAUGUUGAUGAUUCCCUGAUGAUGAUGAUGUUGAAUCGGAUGAUGAUGAUGAUGAUGAUGAUUAUGAUGAUGAUUCUGAUUCGGAAGAUGAUGAUGAUGAUGAUGAUGAUGAUGAUGAUGAUGAUGAUGAUGAUGUGA